UCAGCCUGUUUUCAUUGUCGGGCUUUUUGCUCAGGCUGCCAUAUCCCUCAUCACAGGCAAGAGAAGAGCCGAUUUCUACAGAUCCCACAAAGACAAACAAAGAACCACACCCGCUUUGCGUUGCUCACAGAAAGUCGAUCCCAGCUCCUACCCUCUAUCAGCUUGGGCAGAGGAGCAGCCAGCGCCUUCGGUACCAUAGGCCGGGGAGCCCCUUUCCUCUUUGGACCGGCCGCGGCUAUCCGUCUGGCACAGAUCGAAGCCCAGCUAGCCCUGCACCAACUCAGCGUCAUCGCCGCUGCCAGUAACCACGGCAACCAGCAACUGGCCCUGCUCAACAUUCUCCAGCAAGCAGCUGCCAACAACAUCGCUCAGCAGCGCACCCCCGUCAUGUACCAGCCUCAGCAACCGGGGGCGCCCUUCAACAGGCCCAGGAUCAUGCCAUACCAACAACCGGGCCGCUCUACGGACGGCAACAAUAUGGCCCAGAUGAACAGCUACCAGGUGGGUCAGUUCCCGCCGCAAACACCGCUACCCGAGGAGCUGGAGUCGGCCAUCUCUGUCCGCGUUCAGGGCGGGAGGGACGAGGACCACCGCCUACUCAACCAGAAUACCCAGAUCUCCCGGCAGCUCGGUGUAGACCUCCGCAUGCACGGGGUCGGUCAGGGUGAGAGGUCAGAGACUGGCUAUUCCAACAGCAACAACCUUGUCUCGCUUUCCUGCGAUGACCAGCAGAGUCAGAUGCAGGAUGUGGACUGGUCCAACUACCAGACUCCCAGUAAACUCUUUGGUCUCAAUCAGCAGCAGCACCUCCAGCAGUCCUCCCACUCUCAUGCUAACCCUAACAGCGGGCAUUCAGGAGGGGGCAUGCAAAGCUGGAAUGCUCCUGUUUCUGCACAGGGUCGUCCACAGGGCGGGGACAUGCAGGGUCUGUACGUACCCGAGAGCGCAGGCAGUAUCCUGGCCGGCUUCGGCUUGUCAAACGACGACCUGGAGGUUCUCAGCCACUACCCUGACGACCAGCUAACACCAGACACACUGCCCUUCAUCCUACGUGACAUACAGAUACACAAAACAAACAGAAACACAGGCCCUCCUGCGUUCUCUCAAACUCUCCCUCCUAUUCCUAACCUGCCACCACCGCCUCGUCUUUCUCCACAUCAGCGGCAUCCCGCGCCUUCAUGUACGCCCGACAUACCGAGUUUUCUGAGUGUGACGCAAACGGCGGGUAAAGUUAUCGACUACGGCCACGCGAGUAGGACGGCGGAGGAGGGCAGAGACCCUUACAAACGUGAGCUACUGCCUAAGGAGAGAGCGGCUAAACCAGAGUACAAGUCCACCAGCUCGUCUUUGAAACGUAAAGCUGAAUCCCCAAGGCGGCACCACUCAAACGACGACUCCUCCGACUCAAAGAAAGACAAAGACUACAGGAGGCGUGCUCCAAUCCCCGACGCUCACAAGCACAAACGAACGCCUGUCAGAGAGCCGCCAUCGAGAUCUCGGUCGGAGCGCGAAGGGUCCAGAACAAGGCCACAGUUUGAAGCCAGGAGUGAGUCGUCAAAAUCAACCAGACCCUCCGGCGCCAAACGCAGCUCUAGUGCCCCCAAGAUGCUCCCAACACCCACCAUGAUAAGUGAUUUCUCGGCGGACCCUCCGAAGGUGUAUCCCCACACCUGCUCCCUGUGCGACAUGCAAUGUGAACGGGCUAAGGACUGGAUCGAUCACGUGAACACAGUCAACCAUACAGCUAGCUGCAGAGAUCUCCGCAACAAGUAUCCAGACUGGAAUCCAAAUGCCCCAAGGAGGGACCCGUCUCCAGGUCAGGAUGCCACCUGGCAUUCCCUGGAACGCUCUCCCUCCCGCUCAGUCUCCCAUUCCCUGUCCUGGUCCCCCACCCCUCCUCCAGACCGAAGCAGAAGGAUCUCUCCGCCCACCCCCCAUGGACACGCCCCACACACCUCUGGCCGGCACAGCCCCUCCCAGUCCCAUCGGGGUUCCGCCUCCAGCGCACACAGACCGGAGAAGAGGACCAGCGAAUCCUCAGGGAUAUCUACUGGGAGCUCCUCUCGAGGCCUGAAGCGUUCCAAAAAUGACACCGCCAAACUCGGUGGCCACGGCAACAGAGCUGGGGUUUCUGGGAACCGUGAGACCUCCUUGUCAUCCGCCAGCAAGUUUCCGGCGUCCAUGUCUGAGAAGCCACAUCGUCCACCUUCCUCUGCAUCCUCUUCUUCUAAGCCCGGCGCCAAACCCGGUGCCAAACCAGUGGCUGGGAAGGAGACCACCCCAGGACAGGACUCAGAGUCUUCCAACGCACCACAGAAGAAGCCGAAUCCAACACUGCAGAAGAAGAGUCAUCCAGGUUCCUACCUGCUCUAUCUGACGGGCCUCCCUGCAGAUGCCAAGUACCAGGAAGUGGUAUCACUGGUGCAGGCCUUCGGCAAGGUCACCAACGUCCUCAUCAUCAGGAACGAGGAGGAGAACCAGCCGCAGUACGCCAAAGCCACUGUGUGCAUGCAGAAAGAGCAGGAGGCUAAAGCUCUGGCUGAGUGCCUCACUCUCAACAUACGGGAACACCCCAUCACUGUCUCUGACCAGAAUGGUGAGGAGGAUCUUACUUCCUCGAUACCUGUCAUUAUAAAAGGAGAAGUGGUCGGUGCCCCCAACGAGACCAACACGACCGUCAAAGGCCCAGAAACCAGUGUUGGUCAGAAGAAUUUAAAUGAGAUACACAGGGAGCAGGUGAAGAGGAAGAGGAAGAGGGGAUGUAGAGCGGGACAGAGCCAGAGACUCAAAAGACUGCUGAGGGAAAACAAGAGGGGCAUGGUCAAGAUUACUGGACUUCCUGAAAGCGGCUGCUCCGAGAUCGAUAUCGCCAAGCUGGCCCAGCCCUUCGGAACACCUGUCAAGAUCCUCCUCAUCACCACGCCCAGUGAGGCUCUGGUCACCAUGCAGGAUGUGGAGUCAGCCCAGGAGAUGGUGAAGGUUUACAACAACAUGCCUGUCUGCAUCAACGACUCUGUUCUGAACAUGAGCCUGCUGCCAAACCUCCAGGUGGACUUCAACAGACCAGUGGCACUUUUCCAUUCAUUGAUGGGACCAAGGAAUCCUGUUAGUGCGGAGGUGGGAGGUGAUGAUGACUGGAACCGUCUCCUGGUUGUCAGUAACAUUCCGGCCACGCCUUCCGGCCCAACAGAGAUCCAGAAGCUGGUCCAGCGCUUCGGCACAGUCCAACAGACUCUGGCACUCAAGGACAAGAUCAUCUUUGAGAUGGGAACAGCAGAAAUGGCCGAGAGUGUCUUCAACCGCUUCCAGAAGUUUCCCUGCAUUGUUCAGAACAACAAGCUCGCCUUCUCCUGGAAACCUGAUCCCGAGACUGAUCUACCUAAAGUCAACAUCUCUGCCGGCUCAACAGCGCCAACUGGUGGCAAAGUCUCCCAGACUGAAGAGACUACUACACCCCCUGGUGGACAGGAGGACUCACUGUCUCAGUCAGGAUUAAAGGUGGUGAAAGGAACAGGGGUCGAUACUAACGUUAAAGGACAGGAGGUUCAGCCAGGUGAUGAAGGGAUGAAGGUUGAAGGAGAGGUUGAAGCCACAGAGAAGGAGUCUCCAGCAUUAGGAGGAAAGGAGCAAGAGGAUCAGCCUGAUGUGGCUUCAUUACAGCCAGCAGGAGUGAACCAGAGAGAGGAUACAGAACCCAACACAGACCAACCUGGAGGUCAGGGUGGAGAGGUCGUCAUGGAGAAAGUUGCAAACAUUUCAACAACGGAGUCCGAAGAGACUGAAGAACCAGUCGCCUCGGAUGCUACCGCCGCUCCUCAAGCUGCUAAACCAGAGACAGCCACCUCUGCCCCAGCCCCAAAUGUGAUGGCGGCGAUCAUAGAGGCCUUACGACAGGAGAGCAGGAACAGAUCCUCUACUAAGGUUACCACCGACCAGGCUGCAGCUGAGAAUCCUCCAGGUAAACAACCAACAGAUAAGGAGACUCCAGAUGUCCAGGCGGCGCCUGCUCUACCCAGAGUGACCCCUGAGAUCCUGAAGGUACUGCUGGAGGAGUGCAGGGUCCGGUCCUCCAGUAGGGCCAACGCUGAGCAGGCCAGGAAGGAACAGGACCAGGUGCCCCCUGCAGACCAAAAGGCUGGAGGAGAACAGGUCACCAAGAGGAAGACCCGCGAGGAGGAAAGGGAGGAGAGAGAGAGAGCGAGGAGGGAGAGGGAGAAGAGGCUGAAGGCCCAAGAGGAGGAGAGGGAGAAAGGAAGGAGGGAGAGAGAGAAGAGGCGCUCCCACAGGGAAGGGUCAUCAGGAUCACCGGGGUCCAGGUCCUCUAUGAGGUACGAGGGGAGCCGGCGCAGUGGGAGGAGCGGCACCAAGUCUGAGUCCAGGAGAGGAAACGGAGAGGACAAACACCCCCAUGUGGUCAAGAGCAGCAAACAGCAGGAAGAGGAGGAGUUAGGUGAGAAGCACGUGCCCUUCGACAUGGAGGACUUUGUGACUGUGGACGAGGUGGGGGAAGUAGCUGCGGUGCCCCAUCCGUCCCCCGAGACAACCACAGAGGUGACUGAGGUUACGGAGUUGACCGGCAACGACCCUGUGACCACACCAGCCUCUGAGGCAGAGCAGCAGGCACCAGCAGACACUACACCGAUGGAGGUGGAGGGUGAGCCUGGGACAGCAAAGGUACAGGGGGAAGCGCUGGACAAACGAGGACAGAAGGAGGAGGAGGGGUUGGCCCCAGCAACCACAGAGGAGGGGUCGGUGAAGACUGCAGAGGGAACUGGGGAGGUGACAGAGGAGAAAGUUCCAGACUUUCAGGAUGACAUCAAAGAGCCUGUGGUCACCGUGCCGAAGACAACCUGCGAUAAGUUCACUGAGGAGUCAGAGGUGAAAGGUCACGAUGAGGCCACACCCACAGACGCACCUGCCGCCGCUGGAGAAGAGGAGGUAGAGGAAGAAAAGGAGGAUGGAGGCGUGGAGGAUUUCAACACGGGGACGUUUCUGACGGUGGACGAGGUGGGCCAGGUGGAAGAGGACGGGAAGAAGAGGUCUGCUGAGACAGUGGAGUCGAAGCGAAAGAGGACAUCUCAGGAGGAGAGAGAGGAGGAGGCAGCGAGGAGGAAGAUGAAGAUGGAACCCCUCUUUUGUAAAGACUACAGCAUCCCUCCUUUCAACCCUGACAGCCCUGUCGGCAUGGAGUUUCUGGUCCCCAAGUCAGGCUUCUUCUGCAAGGUGUGUUCUAAGUUUUACAGUGGAACUUACGAGGCCAAGAAGACCCACUGCAGGAGCCUCAAACACCAUCAGAACCUGGAGAAAUCCCUGGAGAAGUGGAGAGCGAAGAAAGACUGACUCUGCAUGAGUUAAAUAUUGACUCGCUGACUGACUGCGUCCCAACCACUCACUGACUGAUUCAUUCCUGUCUAUUAACUCUUUCCCCCUCUUUCCCCACUUCCUUGUUUUUGUGUUUCUUCCCCAUGGGUCCAAACUCUCACUCUCUCUCUUUCUCUCUCAUAACUGUUUCAUUUUGUUAGUUAUUUUCCCAUUAUAUAGAAGAGAAGUGACUCAAUAGAGAGAAAUUAAAAUAGAAACCAAUGAAAAAUAAAGUGUUUUAUUCAA